UUUUCUUCCUGCUCCUGUCAGUUAGUAUUAGCCCUUUUACUAGCAUCAUGAUGGCCACAUGUCUCUCCCAUAAAUUUUCCUGGGGACUGUAGUUAGUUAAGGGUGCUGGGAAGUGUAGCUUUUUGGGGUAAACGGCCAUUGUCAAAAUUCUUUGGCAGACACCAUGCACUUUGAAUUCACGGUACAGAUGUGAAGCUGCACACCGUAACGGUUUCCCCCGGCUUAUGCUGUUUCUUUUCAAAAACUAUGAGUCACCCAGAGGGAGGGAAAGGCCCGCCCUGUGGUUUGAAACUGGAAAAAUGAAACUAAGGCUUUUAUUCUCAUUUCAGGCAGACGAAAUGGCAGAUGAGAGUCCAGUCCAGAACCUCUGUGAGGAAACAACAUGCUGCAUCUGCUUGGAGUAUUUCACAGAUCCAGUGACCAUAGAAUGCGGCCACAAUUUCUGCCAAAGCUGCAUCACCGAGGCUUGGGGGAACUCGGACCAAGAGGCUUCUUGCCCUCAGUGCAGGGAACCUCGUCAGCAAAGGAAUGUCAGGCCCAACCGGCAACUGGCGAGCAUUGUGGAAAUAGCCAAGAAAUUCAGCCUUCAGAUGGCAAAAGGGGCGGAAGCGCUGGGAAAAGUUUGCGAGAGACACCAGGAGCCCCUGAAGCUCUUCUGCAAAGACGACCAAGACCCCAUCUGUGUGGUGUGCGACAAAUCCAAGGAGCACAGGAAGCACAAAGUGAUCCCAAAGGAGGAGGCCUUUGAGGAGUAUCAGGGUAAAAUUCUGCGUCAUUUGGAGUUCCUGAACAAACAGAAAGGAGAAAUUCUGUCUUCUAAACUGACGGUGGAGACUGAAAGCCAGAAUCUGCUGAAGCAGAUAGCCACGGAGAGGCAGAAAAUCAUGGCUGAUUUCCAGCAAUUGCACCAGUUUCUGGAAGAACAAGAGUGCCUCCUGCUGACUCAAUUAAAGGAACUGGACGAUGGGAUUAAAAACUGUAGGAAUCAAUAUAUUGCCAGACUCUGUGAGGAAAUUGCCUCCCUUAACAACCUAAUCAAGCAGCUGGAGGAGAAACAGAAGCAGCCAGUGACUGAAUUCUUGCAGAAUAUGAGAAGCAUCCUGGAAAGGUGUAAUGAAAAUGAAAAUAAAACCAUGAAUGCAAUAGCUUUCCCUCCUGGAUCAAAACAGCAAAUAGAUAAAUUCUCUAAAAUGCAUCCUUUUUUGGAGAAGGAGACCAAGAAAUUUAAAGACAUUGUGCUCUCUGGACCUCAGGACGAAAAAGACGUUGUGCUCUCUGGGCCUCAAGAAAAGAAAGAGACAGCUGUACCCCAAGCAGCACAAGGUUUCUGGAUUCCCAAGCUGCCUCCCCUGGAUGCUGUAUUCUCUGGACUUCAAGGAAAGAAAGGUGCUGUGCUCUCUGGACCUCAAAAAAAGGAAGACAGGACUGUACCCCAACUCAAUCUCCAAGCAGCACAAAAUUCCAGGGCUCCCAAGCGGUUUUCCCAGAUGUUUCGUUCUCCUGACCUCAAGAUAAGAAAGACAAAUUCCACCAAAAAUCCAUAGAAGCCCUGGUGAAGAUAUUUCUCUUUCUGGACUUCUCCAAGGAUGUGAUUCAAGCGCGCUCUAAAUUUGUUAAAGCAAAAGCCCUUGCUAGGGCAAAGAAUAUGGAAUGCUACAUUCAGUUCUUGGCAAAGUCUUGUAUUCAGUAUUCCGGUCAAACUCACAAUCUCAACCAUCCAGACUUUGCAGAGGCAUUCCUCACUAAAAUCGGUUGACACCCUGGAACUGAAGCUUUGGAUGACUCCAUUAACUGAUUAAUAAGAGGAUACACUGUUGAAGACAUUGUUUUGCCAGUCUGGCUGUUCUGCCAAUAGAAUGGAGUGUAAACAGUCAGCAGUGAAAACCAACAACAAAAGAAUGUUUUAUACCACCUGUUUAUCGACUAGUGAAGCAGCAAAAGUCACCACCGCUUUUUGAAUAAAAAUAUUAACAAGUCAGAAUCAAGCUGAUAAGAAAGAAGUAUUUGAGGUAUAUGAAUGGCAGGUUUUAUAUACAGUGGUACCUCAGGUUAAGUACUUAAUUCGUUCCGGAGGUCCGUUCUUAACCUGAAACUGUUCUUAACCUGA